GAAAAAUUGAAGAAAUAACAUAUAGGGUUACCAAUUUGUUGAAGAAGAUGAAGAAAACGUGAAGAAGUUGGAGCUUGAAGAACCGAAUCUGGAGGUCGCCGCUGGUCGUCACCAUCCUCCAUCGUCGUCCUCCACCGCUCGUCGGAGCUGCGUAGUCGCGUAGAUAGCAACGGCUAGAGCCGCUGCUCUUUCUCUGUUCGAUUCCCCCCUCCCUGUGUGUUUAUUCCCUUCAAUUUCAAUUUAUUGCAUGAGGAUUCUUCCGGUUGGAGCGUUUCUGUUGGAGAAUUGAUUGUCGCGAACGGUUGAAGAGAGAUGUUGCACGAUCGAUUUCAUCUUGCGGUUGAAGAUGUCUGCGUUUUUCUUUUUUCUCCUUUUGUAUGCUAUAACUAGUACCACACCCGUGCGUUGCACGGGUCAUAUUUACGUUAUUAUUUACGUUAUUAGAUUAAGAUCAUUUUUUAAAAAUACAAAAUAAUAUCUAAUAGAAUAUAUAUAUUUUAUUAUUUUCAGGAUAAAGCUGUUUUUGGGGGGAUGAUUAAAUUGAACUCCUCCAAUUAUCAAAGUUGGAAACCCAGGAUGGAAGAUAUUUUAUAUAUUAAGGAUUUGCAUGAACCGAUCUUGAAUAAGGAGAUGCCAAGCGGUAAACAGGAAGGUACUUGGAAAUUGCUUAAUCGGAAAACUGUGGGAAUGAUUAGGCAAUUUAUUGAUGAUAGUGUGUUUCAGCAUGUUGCUAAUGAUACCAACGCCUAUGAACUGUGGGAGAAACUCAAAUGCAUCUAUGAGAGAGAAAAUGCCCUGAAUAAAGCCUCUAUUAUGAGAAGACUUGUGAAACUUGAUUACAAGGAUGGGCAUAGUGUGGCGUUGUUGCUCCUCAGCUCGUUGCCAGAAAGCUGGGAGACCUUGGUGGUAUCACUUAGCAAUUCUGCUCCAGAGGGUAAGCUCACAAUGGAUGUUGUGAAGUCGAGUCUGCUGAACGAAGAAGCUAGGAGAAGAGAUCUGAGUUCCUCCAGCUAUUCAGACCAGGCUCAGAUGAAGCGAGAUAAAGCCCAGCAGAAAGAGGAAAAAGGUCAGACUUCUGAGAAGAAAGAGGAGAAAGACACAGUAGCCCUUGCAGAUGCAGAUGAUUUAUUCUUCGUGUGUGAUGACACUAACUUUGAUGUUUCUCUUCAGGAUUGCACUUGGAUCAUUGAUUCAGGUGCCUCAUGUCAUCUCACACCUCAUCAAGAGUUCUUCUCAUCUUACACUAGCGGUGACUUUGGAUAUGUCAAGAUGGGGAAGGGUGAUAAGUCAUCUAAGAUUAUUGGGAUGGGCACUGUUUGUUUGAAUACUAACACUGGUUGCAGGUUAAUCCUCAGAGAUGUCAGACAUGUUCCAGAGUUUCGGUUCAACCUCAUUUCAGAUGGAGGACUUGACAGAGAUGGCUAUGUUAGCCGCCUUGGUGAAGGAAAGUGGAAGCUCACCAAAGGUUCUUUGAUCGUGGCCCGAGGUAAGAUGGAGAACAAGAUUUACGUGAUGCAAGCAAAGAUGUGCAGAGGAGAUCAGAACACUGCGCCCUCCACGGAUUUGUCGCACAAGAGGCUUGAUCACAUGAUUGAGAGUUGUCAGAAUAUCCUCCAUGAAGGUGACAUUCCUUUUCCUACCAUUCAAUCAGAUCACGGGGGAGAAGAUGGAGAAAAAUGUUGUGGUGAUGAUGUUGCUCGUGAUGGUGAUGUACUUGAGCCACCUCAUUCCGAGCAUGGAGUUCCGCCACAGAGGAUUCCUCAAAUUGGUAUAUUUGAGAGAGGUUGUUACCGGGAAGAAGUGAAGAAGGUGCACCGACGAGAGUGGGUUCAAGCCAAGCAAGAUGGGGUUAUAUCCUUGCUUGAUGGACGUGGUCAUUCCCUGGUAAAGUUGCAUGGAAGCAAGCGAGCACCCAAGAGAAAUCGGGUGUUCAAGUUGAAGAGAAGAGAGCGUUGCUCACAACCUACGAACUUGGCACAGUUGGUUGUGAAAGAAAGGCAGCCAACACAGCCGCAGAAACAGAGAGGAAAAAUAGAGAGAGCCGAGAGAAGGAAGAAGGGAGAAAAAGAGAGGUGCAGCCUGGUUUUGUGCUUCGAUCGACGACCAAACGAGCUCCGAUCGGGAUGAAAUUUUAGUAUGUUGUUCCUCACAUCCUCUUCUUCAUAUCCAACGGUGGGAUUGUUGUUUUGACCUCUCGAUGUCGGUAAAACUGCCUCUGUUUGCUGCUGCAUUUUUGUAUGGGUU